AUGAAUCAGAACAAUAAGGCACUUUAUAAAAUCAAACAUAAGUCAUGGGAUAAUUCCAAGAACUGUUCAAAAUCAAUAGGACUUGUACCACGACAAGUGAAAAUGUGCAAAGAAAAUUUGGAUUUAAUGGAAACUGUGGCGCUUGCAACGUCAGUGUCUGUGGAAACGUGUCAAAGUCAGUUUGCCGAUCGACGGUGGAAUUGUUCGUCAAUACAAAACGUACCAAGCAUGUCCAGAGAUUUGGUCAGAGGUACCAGGGAGCAGGCCUAUGUGUACGGCAUAUCCUCGGCGGCUCUGGUCCACUCUGUGGCCAGGGCGUGUAGUAUCGGGGUGACUACCAAGUGCAGUUGUGGGGCGCUGCCCAACAGUAACACAGCGGGGUCUUUCAAAUGGGGCGGGUGCGGAGAUGACGUCAAUUUCGGACUACAUUUUGCCGAGGCGUUUACGAACUCUGGUUUGAAAUCAAAGAAAGGCAAUAUUAAGACCUCGAAAAAAGCCAUGAUGAAUAAACAUAAUUUCGCUGCCGGAAGAAAGGUGGUGACAGAGAGUCUGAUAACGGCCUGCAAGUGUCACGGCGUGUCCGGGUCGUGUUCUAUAAAGACUUGCUGGAAAGCACUGACAGAUUUCGAGACCAUUGGGGCUUCUUUGAAAGACCGUUACGCUCUGGCAGUGGAAGUCAGAAGGAAAAGAAAAAAGAAAAUGAAAGUGCUAGUUCCUAUUAGGAAAAACAUCAGAGACAUUCGGGACGAUCAACUCAUAUAUUAUACAAAGUCUCCAGACUAUUGCAGUCCGGACGAGAAGACAGGCUCAAUAGGAACACACGGAAGGUUCUGUGACGACAGAAGCUACGAGUCCGGCGGCUGUGACUCCAUGUGCUGUGGGCGGGGCUUCCACAGUUUCACUAUGGAGGUCGUGGAGAGGUGUGAGUGCAAGUACUACUGGUGUUGCUAUGUCAAGUGCAAAACGUGCCACAAAACACUUGAGCUGAGCAGAUGCAGGUAGAGAACACGUGAAAAAAACACAGUAAUGUUUCACAAGACUCCCCAAGUCCUUCCGGAAAGCGGGAAUGGUACACUGUCCGUACCAUGGACCUGGAACAUAUCCUCCGCACUGGAGGUGCUUCUUGAAAUCGGAAAACACGCGUCUUGGUGUUCAAUGCGCUGACGUUUUUCAAUA